AGCAGGAAUUCGACUCCACUGCCGUGUAAGCUCAUUCCCGGGUGGGCAUGCAAGCGGCGGGGGGGCAGGAAGCAGAGCAGCCCCCGCCUCCCACCGGCUCUGCUUCUCCUCCCCCUCCCCUCGCUCACGCCUUUUGUGCGCCGGAGCCCGGGCGUUAACGGGCGCCAACGGCGGCGGCGCUGACAGGAGCCCCUGGCCAUUGGCUUCGGGAGCCGCGCUGUGGCGAGGGCGGCAGCUCCAGCCGCGGCUGUUCCCGUAACCAAGGCGCUGCCAGGCACACGGGUGCUUACACACACACACGGAGCCGCCUUUGCAGCCCUUCUCCUCCCUGCACCAUGCUCCGCUCCAGGCAGAGCCCGCCCGCUGCUCCCUGAGGGAACACAGCCCGCCGCCGCCCCGCGCCGAGGUGAGCGGGCGACCGGCACCCACCCGGCUGUCCCCCGCUCACCUGAGUUAGCUCCGUCCCGGGGACUUCGGGCUGCCGCCCCUUCGCAGCACCUCCCCCCGCUCCCGCUGUGGCAGCCCUUGGGCGGCGGGGGAGUGAGCCGCGAGCACCCGGAGGGACUGCAGCCGCCGCCGGGGGAGACGAGCUCCAGCCCCCGCCUCCGGACCUCUUCAUGGCGUCUCACCAGCAGACCAGGAUCCAAGCCUACCUGGAGAAGAACAAGAUCGGUCCCCUCUUCGAGGUAAGGAGUUGAUGACCAAGCUGAUAACAGAGACACCUGACCAGCCAAUCCCAUUUCUAAUUGAUCACCUUCAGUCCAAACAGGGGAACCGUGGUCAGCUUCAGAGAACGUUGUCUGGCUCUGCUGCCCUUUGGGCAGAGAGUGAAACAUCAGAAAAUAAAGGAACAAGGAGAGAUUUUAGAAGUUAUGAUAAACCUUGGCAGGUAAAUGCAAAAAAACCUAAAAAGUCAAAGAGCGACCUUGCUGUGUCCAACAUUUCUCCACCAUCACCGGAGUCCAAGUCAUUGCCAAGGUCAAUAGAACAUCCUAAAUGGGAUUGGAGGACAAAACCGGAGAACCAUGAUUUUGAUGAACUAAAUCAUAUUCUUCAAGAGAGCAAAAAACUUGGAAAAGCCCUUGAGAAUCUGUCUCGCAGCAUUGCUAUUUCUGAUGAACUUGAUAAGGAGUCAACAGGCUUUAACACUCCACUUCUCAGACCUCGUGUAAUUGGAGAGUGGAUUGGCCGUGAAGAGAAUGAUGCAGACCCGCUGGCUGCUGAGAUGCUGCAGCCACCAAUACCAAGAAAUAAAAAUGAGCAAUGGGACAGCGAAGAUAGCAGCAGUCCUGGAGGAAGCUUAAAAAUGGAGCCAAAGACGAAAGGCCUAAAACAACAACAGCAGCAACAUAAGAAACUGCUGGCUGCCAUGCUUUCUCAGGAUUCCUUUGAUUCUGCUCAAAGCACAGCUCCCUCUGUAACCGAAGAAGAUAUUGACAAUGAAGAUGAUGCAAUGGAACUGCUGGAGGAUCUUGAUGAUCUAAGAAUGGAAGGAGUAACAAGUGUGAUGUCUUCCGGGAGCAAAUUCAAUCAAACUCGAAGUGCUCAUAUGGCUGAACCUCAAGCAAAGGUCACAUUGAAUAUCUGUGCAAGAUGUGCCAGAUUGCAAGGAGAUAAUUUGGCAGAAAGGCCCGAAGAUAUCUCUAUGGUAUCUCAGAUAUCUGAGCCAGCAGUGUCAGACUCCGAUGCUCAAGUACCCGGGGUUGAAACACUUACGGAAGUUAUUGAUGAAUUUCAGAGUACAUCUCAAGUGGCAGGUUCUUCUCAGACAGUUUGGACCCUGGAUGCCAUGGUUGUCAGACCUGGAGGUUCCCCAAGGCAGAAACUCUUUAAGGACUCCUUAGCAGCAAAAGAACUUCAGACCAUGGAGAAACACCUGGCUGAAAUUGAGAAGGACCUAGCGCUGUGGGAAGAAGCAAGGCUCUCAAGAAGCCCUAGUAUCCAACAUCAUGGUUUAGUUACAUCUGACCAUCAAGGCAAUCUUCAAACUACACAAGGCCAAAAUCCGAGGCCUCAAGUGCCAACUCAGACGGGGAAGAACAUUCAGCUUCAAGGAAACAAAUCACCACCGCUGCCCACUAACAGCAGAACACAGGUCUCCAGUGUUGCUAACAGUAGGUCUCCAACACCUGGGACACAAACCAACAGGCCACCAACUCCAUCAGCUCCGGGGAGCAGACCUGUGACCCCGAAUAGCUUGCUGUCACGUCCUCUUACCCCUAGCAACCAAGGAAAUAGGGAAGGAAUCAUUAGUAUGCAAAGAAGCAGAUCUUUGACAUCUAAGAGCCAAAUGGGGAGGACCCUCAGCGCUGCUUCAGGGCUCUCUGUGCAAAUGAGUGGAGACAUUGUUGGAACUGUCACUACUCAGAGAAGCAGUUUAUCAGAAAUCUGUUUGUGGCAGGAUGAAUUCUUACAACAGCUUCAGCUUGCUCAUCAGCCUUGGAUAUUGCCGAGUGACACAGAAAGUGAAGGAGUGGAAGCUGACCAAGACAAAUGUCAUGUGAAGAUGUCAUGCCUGCUCACAGGAGCUGUUCUUGUUUGUGAAAUCAGUGGGAUUGUUGAAGAACAAUUUAAUUAAAACAAAAUUACGGUGAUCAAAACUACACCUGAAAAUUUGCUUUAGUUUAUACAUAAUGAUUUUAAAUAAAGUUAUUUUUCUAGCAUCAGCAGUACAUAAGUGGAACCGCUGUAAUGCACUGAAUCAGAGUACUUACUGUGGUACAGUGGCCUUAGGAAAGAAGGGUAACUGUUGCCUUUUAGUAUAAAGUUACUAUAAUGUUUUGUUUAGUUUAUACCCCUGUUAUUUUGGAUUGACAUUUGAUAAACUAAGCUCUGCCUGACCAAAAUAAACUUUACCGAGAGAUUUUAUGUAUUUUAACUCGUCUAAGGUUUUCUACUCCUUAUAUUUUUGUAAUCUUUACUCUUUUUAAAUUAAUAAACAUUCAAGUGUUUGCCCACAUCUGCCCGUGUGUAUGUCCCAUUCAGGUCUCACAGUGAAUUGGCUGUUCACCCGUAGUCACCUGCAGGGACGGGUGAGAGGGGACUGCGGGAAGGGGGAUGUGUGUGGGUAUCCAAAACAGGUGUCGCCCCUGCCACAUAGCCGUGUAUUGAGUUUAUCUAUUUUGAUCUUUAAAACAAAUAAAGACUCUGUUGAAAAGGGAACAUAUCAAUAAGGACUGGAGCAUGCAUGCAAAAAUAAAGCACCUAAAGGAGUUUCAUAUGUGUGAUAAAGCAUACUUAUCCCUAUGGAUUACUGAAACAAAUUUGCUGUUUAAAAUAAGCUAACUGGUGUAUGCUGUGUGCUUGGAACUUUAGAAGAUGCUUUUGCACAGACAUCAAAUGAAGGGAAGUGGCAGUUGCAGUUACUGAUUUUGUUUACCUGUUAAUUCUGUCAAGCAUUUUCAAUUUCCUUUGUCUUCAAUUAUGUAUGCUUGGUUCUUGUAUCUUAGACAUAAUGAUAUAAUGAAAUUGCUUGCAACUAUUAAAAAUACAGUAUAACAAACCAUCUAUUUGUUUAAGAAAUAAAAAUUGUCUGUCAUGAA